AUGGCGCUCGACAACUAUUAUCGCAAUAAGAUUGAGAGCAUGAAGCUCGAAAUCAUCCAGGGUCAGGCUGUCUUACGGAGACUGGAAGCACAGCGCAAUGACUAUAAUUCGAGGGUGCGGUUACUUCGGGAAGAACUCGGCUUGCUUCAACAGCCUGGUUCCUAUGUCGGGGAGGUAGUCAAAGUGAUGAGCACCAAGAAAGUCCUCGUCAAAGUGCAUCCCGAGGGCAAAUAUGUGGUGGACAUUGCGGAUGGCGUUGAUAUCAGCAAGCUCACUGUAGGAAAGCGAGUCGCUUUACUCUCGGAUUCCUAUAAGUUGGAGAAGAUGCUACCCUCGUCGGUUGACCCGCUGGUGUCGCUAAUGAUGGUCGAGAAAGUGCCUGACAGCACGUAUGACAUGAUCGGUGGACUUGACCAGCAGAUCAAGGAGAUCAAGGAAGUCAUCGAGCUUGGUUUAAAACAUCCGGAGUUGUUCGAGUCGCUUGGUAUCGCACAACCGAAGGGAGUACUCCUCUACGGACCGCCAGGAACCGGCAAAACCCUGCUUGCCCGAGCGGUAGCCCAUCACACCGAUUGUCGGUUCAUCAGAGUGAGCGGAUCGGAAUUGGUGCAAAAAUACAUCGGUGAAGGUAGCCGCAUGGUUCGCGAGCUAUUCGUAAUGGCUCGAGAACAUGCUCCGAGUAUCAUAUUCAUGGAUGAGAUUGAUAGCAUUGGAUCCAGCCGCAUAGACUCGGCGGGUUCGGGUGAUUCAGAGGUACAACGGACGAUGCUUGAGCUCCUCAAUCAACUGGACGGAUUUGAACCUACCAAGAACAUCAAGAUCAUCAUGGCCACCAACCGGCUUGACAUCCUGGACCCGGCCUUGUUACGUCCUGGCCGGAUUGACCGGAAGAUUGAGUUCCCUCCGCCGUCGGUGGAGGCUCGUGCCGAUAUUCUGCGAAUCCACUCGCGGUCAAUGAACUUGACGCGAGGCAUCAACCUAACGAAGAUUGCGGAGAAGAUGAACGGAUGUUCUGGAGCUGAGCUGAAGGGUGUGUGCACGGAAGCAGGCAUGUACGCUCUGCGAGAGCGGCGAGUACACGUUACGCAAGAGGAUUUCGACCUAGCCACCGCCAAGAUCCUCAACAAGCACGACGACAAAGAAGUCGCGGUCUCUAAGCUUUUCAAGUAA